AUGCGCCGUCGUUGCGCUAAGCAAUACCUCCUGCAAAGAGCCAUCGCAACUGCCUCAUCUCCAGAUGUCAAGACAUCAGCAGACAAACCUGCAGACAUCAGAUUCGACGAGCCGACCCUACCAGAACCGUCUGGUUUGCUCGCUGAACUUCUCCUCAUUCUGCCAUCUCUUUGCGACAGCGACCUGCCUGUCGAUAGUCACGAUGUGGCUUUGAUCCUUUCUAGUCCGCCAUUCUCGGAAUUCGAGUCUCUGUUACUGGAACUUGGUGCUGUUGUUUCCGCCAACCUUCACGCCUCGGCACUCAGUCUGGUAAGGAUUACACAUCCGUCCAAGAACCCGUCAUACCUUCAUCGCCAUAUUCCUUCUCUUCCAGCAGAUCAUGCGGCACUCCGUGGCAAACUUUCUGAGGCGCAGCAGAGCCUCAUAUCCAAUAGGCUACAGGCACUGGCCUCAUUGACAGAGCUCAUCAGCUCGUACACACAGUCUGUCACAUUACUCACUCAGGCGUUGGAGUCGAAACACGGAGUCGCCGCCAGAAGUCUCGAGCUGCGGGCUCUCGACGUAUCCCUGGAAGCACGGAGCACGGAGCUUGAUGCCAAAGCAACGUCGACCAAUCUUGGUAAAGACAUGUACUCACCUGAAGCCGUUACAGCGCUGAGACACUAUUUAUCUCACUUAAAGGACGCCCAAGUUCGUGCGGCCGAGCGAGUUCGAGGCUUGCAGGCAGAACUGGGAGAGUACGGCGUUGGCGUGGACAAAGAUGGCUCCAAGGAAAAGACGAUGAAGGAGAUGGCACGGGUAUACCAUGAGAUGGAGAGGCAAAUGGAGGAUGUUCAGAAAGACCUUGACAGACUCGACAAUAAGCAAAAUGGAAUGGGUCGCAUGUGA